UACCACAAGGGAGCGGACAGUGCUUGUUGACGUUUUCAAAACAAACCAGCUUUUCACAUUUAGCUAUCUUGUAUGUGACCUGAACUUCUGACAUGAACUGGUAACGUAAAACAGCACGCAGAUAUAUUAAAUAGUUAAACAAUGGUAGUGUUUGCCCUGUGGGAUUAGCUUUCACUCUCCAGGAAUAGCUUCAUAGUAUUUUUAGCUAACGUUACAUGGCUAAUAUUAGAAGCUAGUCACGCAAGCUGUUGUUUGCCGCAGUAGAACCAUUAUUUAAGCUAUGUGUUUAUAGGUCGUAAAACUGCAUAUGACAUCGGAAUUAAAGGUAUAUAAAAGCCUUUAACUAACAUAAAAUUGCUUAACGUUAGUUGACACUCGUAUCUUUACGCUAGCUAGCUUACAUCAUUACGUAUAACUCAUUUUGGAUAUUGAGCAACAAAGGAAAGUUACAUUAGCAUGUCAUAAUAGUGGGCACAGCUCGUUGUCAGCCAGUGUGGCUUCAAGUCAUGUAUGACUUGAGGUGUGCUUUGUUAAAGAGAAUCCUGUCCUAUAGUGGUGAUAAGGUUGGUCACCAUCAGUGAGAUUUUGGGGCUUGUUUACCUUCAAAAUGCCUGGGAUCGUGGUGUUUGGACGGCGGUGGGGGAUCGCCAGUGACGACCUUGUCUUCCCUGGCAUCUUUGAACUGUUCCUCCGGAUACUUUGGUGGAUUGGCACCUUGAUCUUGUUCACUUCUCACAAGGGUCAUUUCGAUUGUAACGGGACAGGAGUUCUUCACAGCUAUCUGGUUGGACUUUUGGUCGUGUUGGCGCUCAUCAUCCUGUCACUAUGUGCUAUCAUCUACGUCAGUGCUCAAGGUACAAUCACAAACUCCGGCCCGCGGCGCUCCAUCCCCGCGCUGGUGUACCUGCGAGCUCUCCUCUACAUCCCUGAGCUGGUGUGGGCCUGUCUCGGAGCUGUCUGGGUGUCUGGUGACAGCAAAGGCUGCGAUCCUGCCACAGUGGGUGUUGUCAUCGCAGCAGUGAUUGCCAGCUGGAUCAUCCUGCUGUUCACUGCGCUGGGCGUUGUGUUUGUGUUUGACCCGCUGGGUAACCCGCGUCCUCCGCCUGCCGUCAUGGAGCCACUGGGAGUCAGAGACAUGCAGAGCAACGAGGGCACCCAGUUCUUCUCCACAGCUCGCUCCCUGGCUGUCAAGGUUUGGGAGAACAGGCUGCGGCUCCUCUGCUGUUGUCUGCCGCAGGACGAGAGCCACCGAGCGGCGUUCUCCAGCAUCGCACAGCUCUUCAGCGGAUUCUUCUCUGACACAGAUCUGGUUCCCAGUGACAUAGCAGCUGGUUUGGCUCUGCUGCACCAGGAGCAGGAUAAGAUGGAGCUCAGCAGAAACCCAGACGUCAUAGUGGAUCACAGCCCCUCCUCUCCCAUCGGAGAAGAUUUGGAGACAGAGCUGGAGAAAGCAGUUCACUGUAUGCAGUUUGCUGCAGCAGCUUACGGCUGGCCAUUGUACGUUUACUCCAACCUCUUAACCGCACCCUGCAAACUCACUGGAGACUGCUGCAGAAGUCGCACAGCAGAUUAUGACAUCGUUGGAGGAGACCACCUCGGCUGUCAUUUCGCGUCCAUCCUGCAGAGCACCGGGCUGCAGUACAGAGACUUCAUCCACGUCAGCUUCCACAACCAGAUCUAUGAGAUCCCCUUCUACGUGGCUCUGGAUCAUAAGAGAGAGGCUAUUCUGGUGGCCGUCAGAGGAACUCUGUCACUGAAGGACGUCCUGACAGACCUGUCUGCUGAAUGUGAGAACCUGCCUAUAGAGGGAGUAACUGGAGCCUGCUACGCUCACAAGGGAAUAUGCCAGGCAGCAAAUUACAUCUACAAGAAGCUGGUCAAUGACGGCAUCCUCAACCAGGCCUUCUCCAUCGCACCGGAGUAUAAACUGGUGAUCACUGGUCACAGUCUGGGCGCUGGCACAGCAUCAGUGCUCGCUAUCCUCUUGCGCAAUUCCUUCCCCACCCUGCAGUGCUACUCAUUCUCUCCACCAGGGGGACUCCUGAGUAAAGCCUUAGCUGAUUACUCCAAGGACUUUGUGAUCUCAGUUGUGCUGGGAAAGGAUCUGGUUCCCAGAUUGAGCAUUCCCAAUAUGGAGGAUCUGAAGAGAAGGAUUCUUAAAAUAGUCUCAAACUGCAAUAAGCCCAAGUACCGCAUCCUGCUGCAGGGGCUUUGGUACGAGCUGUUCGGGGGAGACCCGGACGACUUCCCGACUGAGAUGGACAACAGGAGGGAGGAGGAGCUUAGCCAGCCGCUGUUGGGGGAGGAGUCACUGAUCAUUCGCCACUCAUCAUCCUAUCAGAGCCUGGCGUCAGAUGAUUCACCUGCUCACACUGCUACCCACUUACCCCUGUUUCUACCCGGGCGCAUUCUGCAUAUCACAGAAGACGGGCCCACACGGAGAUCCUGUUUUUCCCAGGUGCGGUACCGCGCAGACUGGUCCAAUGAAAUGGCCUUCAGGAGUAUUCUGAUCAGUCCCAGGAUGCUCACAGAUCACAUGCCCGACAUUUUGCUCAGAGCGCUCAACAGCCUGACUCGCGACAAGCCCUACUCCCUCUGCCCGUCGUCUUUAAACACCAGCCAGCACGACACGAUCUGAAACGUGUCAUAAAGAGACUCCUUGUGUCUGUGCUCCCGGACUCUGCAGUAUUUUAAGCCCACUUCUGAAUGUUUAUUUUUCUCCCCACCUGAUCCAAGAUCAAAUACUCCACGCUCUUUAUUUGCAUCGUAUUUGCAGGGCCUUAUCCUAAAGCCCUUUUCGUGUGAGGACACUUCGCUGGAUUGUAAUAGGGAUGGAAUACAUGAAACUAUAACCAGUUGUGAUCUCUAUUGAAUGAUCAUGUUGGGACACUUAUUUUUUUUUAAAUGCACCUUUAAUUAUUUAAUUCAAGUCAUGAUUUUAUUUCGACUCUCUUGAGUUACUCCAUGAGCAAUUUAAAUGCUAUGAUCUUUGAAUGUGCGUUGUGUACAAUAUUCAACAGUGCUGCAGUUUUACUGUGUUCUACAUUUAAUGUUUGUGUGAGUGCUGUGUGCCUGGUUAGAGCCACCCCCCCCCCCCCCCCCCCGCCUCGGUCACUGAAAGUGGCAGAUGCUGUCUUCCUUAUCUGUGGGGUCGACUUAGGAGCAGUCUGAUCCAGGAUGUGAGGAUAUAGGAGUACCUUUUACCUCCAGAUGUGCGCUGAAGCAUUUUGUCUCUAUUGUGUAGUAACUGUAAUUAGUCUGUCUUGUGUUUAAAUGUCUUGAAACAUCAGGGUGAUCAGUGCCUAUGCAUUACGGCAAAAAUAAGUCGACUGAAUUGCUUUACGGAAUAAGAGUGAUAAGUGCAGUGUGUUUACACUAAGUUCUGCAUUUUCUACAGUGCAGUUUGAAUAGUGCACGGUGUUCUGCAAAAGAAGAGCUGAAAAGAUUGUACUUGUACAUUGCGUGGGAAUGUGUUUACUUGCCAUUGAUAUUACAUCUUUUUUUUCAGGUAAUAUAUAUGAUGUUAAAGUUUGAAAUGACUGAUGCCUGCAUAACUGUCUGUUUCACAUUCCCAAAAGACUGCAUUGGACUCCUUGAUGCAAAUAAAAGCUUGUGAAGCACACUCUCA